GCUCGACAAAAAAGGCACAAUGUACACAGAGAUGAAGGCAUGGCCAGGCAAAAACAUCAUGGGUCAAAUUCUUACCGACAUUGGCCGAUCACGACGUCCGAACGCAACGCAGAGGAAACACUUGCAAUAGAGGAAGAUGUCGACGUCCGUUCUCAUUUUUAUUUUCGUACCAUCUGUUGUGUUUGCCUUACCCUCUUGGACUGCCCCACCACAAAUUCAACAAGAGAACCCAUUUACAGACCAAUUGGUUUUUGGGCGUCAACAACCGUCUCGUUCGCUAGAUAGUAUUGCAUCGCCCAGGAAUGCACUUCUAAUGAUAUCUACUGAAGAACGCCAAGAUCUGUGUCAAAUUUGUCAAAGUUUUACGUCGGAAAAACCCUUAGAAUGUAAAACUUACUGUGCAAAGAUUCUAAAAUGCAAAACGUCAGCUACUAAAUCAGGUUCCUACUCCGACUCUAGGGAACAAUCUACAGCAACUAGAGAAGCUGACUCUAGGGAACAAUCUACAGCAAUUGGAGAUGCAGUUGGAGAUCCUCUAUGUGCCUUUUGCGAGGAAUACAAAGAAAAAAAAGAUGUAGAAGAAUGCAAGACAAAAUUCUGCUCUGAAUAAAAGAAUGUAACUAAUCUGCACAAAUUGUAUAAAACACAACAUCAAUCUAUCCAUAAAUGGAUAUUCAGAAAUCUAAACUUUCAAAAAAAAAAACA